AAAAUCAUGAUCAGUGAUGUGUUCAUGAAAGCAAAAAAAACGUCAGGAAAAUGGCAGCAAACUUCUGUUAUUCUACCGAUCUUACAAACUUGACACUACAACUUUCUAAAACCGAAACGCCCGCCAACGUCGCUUCUAUGUCCACUGCAGGAAUAGUGGGUAAUGUUUUGGCUUUAUUUAUACUCAUUCGACAUGCCAAGCAACAUAAAUGGGGUAUAUUCUAUAGACUUGUUGCUGCAUUGGCCUUUACAGAUGUGUUUGGAAUAGUGACCACAGCUCCAGUUGCUUACGUUGUGUACAACAACAAUUUUAAAUGGGUGGGAGGACAGACAUUGUGUGAUUACUUGUCAUUUAUGCUCACCUUCUCCGGUGUUGCAACGUUAGGCAUAACGACAUCUAUGUCAUUAGACAGAUAUUUAGCGCUAUGGCAUCCAUAUCUCUAUAACUCUUUACAGAAAAACAGGCGAAUUCACGUUAUGCUUACUGGAAUUUGGUUUUUUGCUGCAUUCAUCGCGUCUAUGCCGUUGCUGAAAUUCGGGCGUAACAUUCGUCACUUUCCCUGCACAUGGUGUCUGUUUGACUAUUUUGGAACUCACAAAACAGACAAAGCAUUUUCAAUAAUGUUUGCUUCUUUGGGUAUAUUAAGCCUUUUUUCAUCUUCUGUUUUAAAUUGUUUGGUGAUAUUUGCCGUUUGCAAAGGAUCGUCUGGGGGUCGUCGGGUAAGCGUAAAAAGCAGCAGAGGAAAAGAGCACCACAGAAGAAGCGAGGUUUUCAUACUGAUAUUUUUGUUUGCUAUCUUGUUUUCCCACACUAUCUGCUGGAUACCUAUAAUGUCACGAAUUCUUACCAACACUUUAGGAUCUACCCCUAAUUUCAAGGCCGAUAUUUUGGCUUUUAGACUGGCUGCAUUAAACCAAAUUCUUGACCCAUGGCUUUAUAUUCUACUGAGGAAAGAAAUAUUAGCCAGAGUUUACAGAUUUUAUCGAAAGAAGCGGCAUGUUAAGAGAUUCGUUCCUGCGAAGGUGAGUACAACUGGCAACAGUACGGAAGAGACUUUCGGGAGUGUUCGUGGUGAUGUUCGUCUUCAACAGCUAAGCCCAGAAAAUGAAGUCGAAAGUCGUCCUGUCUAAAAGAUUUUCUUAACAUGACUUCUUUUGUGAUACUGAAUAUAAAAAUGCUACCAACUGAAAUGCUGAAACAGACUCAGAAAAUAGCAUAAGUCGUUGUUAACUAAGAUGAAAAGUACUUAAACAGACUUGAUUUGUUCUGAUAUUGUUUUUGAUUUACUGUAAGGCUUCCUUGAAGAAGCUUUAAAUAAAACUUACAAUAUGGG